GUACAUUGGAAAUGGGGGUGAAAGCCUUCCCGCGUGAUACAUACCCCCUUCCCCUUACCCUACCCCAUACCACUGGAAUAGCAGAAAGAAAAGAAAAGAAUAAAGCAAGGCAUUAUACUGAAAGCUACCCAAUCGACUUCUUUUCUCUUCUUUACUCAUUCUUCUUCACUUUCUUUAAUACCCAUCUUUUUCUUCCAUCCGAAUCACAAUCGCGUUCAGAGAUACUGCUGAAUUGAGUUCAAUUGAAUUCGGCUUCAUUAAUCGGUGUGGGCGACACGCGAAAAUAGAAUUUUUGCCACAAGACUUGCAACACUUACAGAAAACGCAAUGGGGUCCGAGAUAAGUGAUAGAGAAAUGAUUGUAACUCAGAUUAGCGUUGGAGGACUGGGAAGUAAUGUCACAGCCAAGAUGCUUUUGGACUACUUUGAAGAUAAUAUCGGCCUCGUUUGGCGGUGUAGAUUGAAGACUUCAUCGACUCCUCCUGAAUCAUAUCCAAAUUACGAGAUUGACAUCGACAGUGCCAAGCAAAGUGAUGACUAUGUCAAGAUUCAACCGUAUGCGUUUGUGCACUUUGUAGUUGCAGAGUCAGCAAACAAGGCAGUAGAAGCUGCUAGCCGUGGCGACCUUAGAUUCGCGGGCAAACUUUUGAAGGUUAGCUUGGGCCCACAAAAUCCUUACCGGUUGAGUGAGAGGAGAAGGACUACAACACCGUAUAAAUUAUCUGAUGCUUUUGUUGAAAUUGGAUCUCUGAGGAGCCGAGAGGAGCUCGUUGUUGGUUGGAGAGGUCCUCGAAGUGGGGUUGAUUUUCUCGUUGAUCCAUUCAGCGGUACAUGCAAGCUGCAUAUUAAAAGAGAUACCGCUUUCUGUUUUAAAGGUGAAGCCAGAUCUGCGAUAAUUAAGUGCGAUUUCAGGAUUGAGUUCUUUCCAAGAGAGAUAAUCGAGAUCAAACACUACAGAGAUUUCUCUUCCUUGAUAAUUCUGAUACAGCUGGCCUCGUCACCCUUGAUUUACUACAGAACCGCGGAUGACGACAUUGAGGAACCAGCAACAUGCGAUUUGUUGGACGACGAUGAUCCAUGGAUUCGCACUACAGACUUCACAUCCGGCGGUGCAUUUGGAAGAUGCAACACUUACCGAAUUUCGGUCAGACCUCAUAAUGGCCCACAUCUCUUGAAGGCUUUGGAUUAUCUUCGGAAGCGUAGGGUACCGGUUCUUGAUGAAAGAACAAGACAGCGCCUUGUGGUGCAGGACGAGCCUGAUUUUGGGAUGCCCGUUUUGGAUCCCUUCUUGUGCAUUCAGUACAAGGAAGGGAUAUCCUUCAAGGUCAUGUUUUUGCUGAAUGCAGUUAUGCACAAAGGCAUAAUUAAUCAGCAUCAGAUAUCCGAACAGCUUUUGGAUAUGUUCAGAAGGCAGCCUGAGGAUGUAAACACAGUUGCACUCAAGCACAUGUGUUCCUACAAGCGUCCGGUUUACGAUGCUUUCAAGGCUGUGGAAACCGUGCAGAGAUGGCUGUUGAAGAACCCUAAGCUCCUUGAGAGACCUCGUGGUAUGGAUGAUAUAGUUGAAGUCCGAAGACUGAUCAUAACUCCAGCCAAAGCUUAUUGUCUUCCACCAGAAGUGGAACUCUCUAAUAGAGUUCUGAGACAUUACAAAGCCGUAGCUGAUAGAUUCUUGAGGGUCACUUUUACGGAUGAGGCUAUGUCGACUCUCAAUAAAAAUGCCCUCACGUACUAUGUUGGCCCUAUGGUGAGGGGCAUUACCUCGAGUUCCAACCCACAGAGGACCACUAUAUUCAAACGGAUAAAGGAUAUUUUACACAGUGGGUUUUAUCUGUGCGGUAGGAAAUACUCCUUUCUGGCAUUCUCCUCGAAUCAGCUUCGGGACCGUUCAGCCUGGUUUUUUGCUGAAGACAAAGAUAUUGGGGUUGCAAAUAUUAAGAACUGGAUGGGAAGGUUUACGAAUCGUAAUGUUGCAAAGUGUGCUGCAAGGAUGGGGCAGUGCUUCUCUUCGACUUAUGCCACAGUUGAAGUCCCGUCGAAGCAAGUUAACUCUAAGCUUCCUGAUAUUGAGAGGAACGACUACGUUUUCUCCGAUGGUAUUGGGAUGCUAUCAGCUGACCUUGCCAUGGAAGUUGCAGAGAAGCUGCAGUUGACUACCAAUCUCCCCAGUGCUUAUCAAAUCAGAUAUGCGGGUUACAAAGGCGUUGUUGCAUGUUGGCCUGCACAAAGUGAUGGAUUCCGCUUAUCUCUCAGAAAAAGUAUGAAGAAGUUCGACUCCAAUCACACAGUUCUCGAGAUUUGCUCUUGGACUCGGUUUCAGCCUGGUUUUCUGAAUCGGCAGAUAAUUACACUACUCUCUGCCUUGGAAGUUGGAGAUGAGAUUUUCUGGAGAAUGCAAGAAACAAUGAUUUCGAGGCUGAAUCAGAUGCUUGAAGACACAGACACGGCUUUUGACGUGCUUACUUCUUCAUGCACCGAUCAAGGAAACACAGCAGCAAUAAUGUUGAGUGCUGGUUUCAAGCCUCAAACUGAACCUCACUUGCGAGGGAUGCUAACUAGCAUCAGAGUGGCCCAGCUUGGUGACCUUAGGGAAAGAGCCAGAAUAUUUGUUCCUUCCGGGAGAUGGUUGAUGGGCUGCUUGGACGAGCUUGGUGUACUCGAACAUGGCCAAUGCUUCAUCCAGGUGUCAAACCCUUCUUUGGAGGACUGUUUUGUGAAGCACGGUUCUGAGUUUUCAGGGGCUAAGAAAAAACUCGAAGUUAUCAAGGGCCUUGUUGCAAUUGCAAAGAACCCUUGUCUUCAUCCUGGAGAUGUGCGGAUUCUUGAGGCUGUUGAUUGCCCGGGGUUGCACCAUCUUUAUGACUGUCUUGUCUUCCCUCAGAAGGGAGAAAGACCACAUACAAAUGAAGCAUCUGGGAGUGAUCUCGAUGGGGAUCUUUACUUUGUCACUUGGGAUGAGAAUCUUAUGCCUCCAAGCAAGAGAAGCUGGACCCCUAUGGAAUAUGCACCCGGAGAAGUCAAACAGUUGCCACGUGAAGUGAAGCACACGGAUAUAAUUGAAUUUUUCACCAAGAACAUGGUGAAUGAAAGCCUAGGAGCUAUCUGCAAUGCACACGUGGUUCAUGCCGACAGUAGUGAAUACGGGGCUUUGGAUGAGAAAUGUAUCAAACUGGCUGAGCUUGCAGCAAUUGCUGUUGAUUUCCCAAAAACGGGAAAGAUUGUGACUAUGCCCGCUGAACUGAAGCCGAAGCUGUAUCCUGACUUUAUGGGGAAGGACGAAUUUCAAACAUACAAAUCCAGUAAAAUCUUGGGCAAGCUCUACCGUAAAAUUAAAGAUUCUAAUUAUGACUACGAAGAAUCUUCGGAAAAUACAUCGGUAAACAUUGCUUACGACCAAGAGCUGGAGAUCGCAGGAUCCGAAAGUUUCAUUACUGAUGCAUGGAACUGCAAGUGUUCCUACGAUGGGCAGUUGACCGGUCUUUUAGGACAGUACAAAGUCAACAGCGAAGAAGAGGUUGUCACAGGACAUAUAUGGUCCAUGCCCAAGUACAGCAGCAAAAAGCAAGGCGAAUUGAAGGAGAGGCUCAAGCAUGCCUACAGCACACUAAGAAAGGAUUUUCGGAAAGUUUUUGAGAGCAUGGAUGCAGAAUUUGAUCAGCUUUCUGAUGACGAGAAAAACACUAUGUUCGAAAGAAAGGCAUCAGCUUGGUACCAGGUAACAUACAAUGAAAGUUGGGUUAAGAAAUCGAAGGAUUUACAAGUGGUGGAUGAUGAAGUAGGGAAGACAGUCAUGUUAAGCUUUGCUUGGAUUGCUGCUGAUUAUCUUGCUCGGAUUAAAAUAAGGCGCAGAAGGAUGGAGAAUGCUAUCUCAAUGAAGCCCAUCGAUUCUCUCGGCAGGUACCUUGCUGAUAAAAUCUGAUUUUUUUUCAAGGUACGAGGUUUUUUGUGGUUCGGUUUGUCUAUGGCUUGCAAGUAAGUUGCAAGGCCACUUUGCCGCUUAUUGAAUGUGUUGCUAAGUCCCAUUUUGCAUGAUCUACCCGUUUGUUUUUUUUUUUCUUUUUUUUUUUGCACUAAGUUCGAAAUUGUUCGUUUUGUCUAUGGCUUGCAAGUAAGUUGCAAGGCCACUUUGCUGCUUAUUGAAUGUGUUGCUGAGUCCCAUUUCGUUGCAUGGGCAUGUUGUACCCUGUUUUUUUUUUUGGCCCUAGGUUUGAAAAAUUGCCCAGUGCAAUGGAUUAUGUAAUAUUUUGUCAACUUUUAUGUUUAUGUUUGUGUACUCUCAGGUUAAAGAAAUGCUGUCCUAGGUAAGCAUAUUACUGUAAUAAAUGCAAAUAUUAUGUUCAAAUGAAAAUCUAUUUCAUCCA